AUGGCGUCUCCUCAGAAGAUCCGCACCCCCAUCACCGAUCUUUUCAAGAUCAACCACCCCAUCCUGCUCGCCGGCAUGAACGUCGCCGCUGGCCCCAAGCUGGCUGCCGCCGUCACCAACGCCGGCGGCAUGGGCGUCAUUGGCGGUGUCGGCUACACCCCCGAGAUGCUCAAGGACCAGAUCGCCGAGCUCAAGGAGCACCUGACGGACAAGAACGCUCCCUUCGGCGUCGACCUGCUGCUGCCCCAGGUUGGUGGCAGCGCGCGCAAGACCAACUACGACUACACCAAGGGCAAGCUCGACGGCCUCGUUGACAUCAUCAUCGAGUCUGGCGCCAAGCUCUUCGUCUCUGCCGUGGGUGUGCCCCCCAAGCACGUCGUCGACAGGCUCCACGCCGCCGGCGUUGUCUACAUGAACAUGAUCGGCCACCCCAAGCACGUCAAGAAGUGCCUGGAGCUCGGCGUCGACAUCAUCUGCGCCCAGGGUGGCGAGGGUGGCGGCCACACCGGUGACGUCCCCACGACCGUCCUCAUCCCCGCCGUCGUCGACCUCGUCAAGGGCCACAAGUCCCCCGUCACCGGCGGCCCCGUCCAGGUCGUCGCCGCCGGCGGCAUCUACAACGGCCAGACCCUCGCCGCCGCCCUCAUGCUCGGCGCCAGCGGCGUCUGGGUCGGCACCCGCUUCAUCCUCACCGACGAGGCCGGUGCCCCCAAGGCCCACAAGGAGGCCGUCCAGACGGCUGGCCACGACGACAACGUCCGCACCAUCAUCUUCACCGGCCGCCCCAUGCGCUACCGCCCUUUCCUCAUGGGCAAGGCCGCCGCCGUCGUCAACAAGCAGCUCCCCGCCAAGGCCGUCGUCGACGAGCUCGUCAACGACGGUGUUGCGUGGAUAACCAAGGGCCAGCAGAUGGUCGUCGCGAAGCUGUAA